AUGUCCGAACAAACUGUUGCCGAGCCAGCCACCAAGGCCCAGACGAGUAGUGAAGAUGAGACAGACCUUACGAGCGUCCUAAAUACAGGCCAACGAGCAGAUCUAACACUGCUCAUUGCAAACAUCACCGAGUCAAUGCGCAAAGUGAUUCUUGAUAACUUCAGUUCAACAGCAGGCCUGGACAAAACGCUCCUCCGAGAAGGUAUGACCGAGGAGGAGAAGAUGAUGGCAGUGGAUCCAGCAAACGUCGACGUCUCUGCGUACGACCGCGAACGGAAAAUGAAGGCUGAGAUCGACAAGGAUCUGGCAACGCUGAAGAUGAAGAACCUCAAGAAGAAUUCUCUCAAGGCCUUUGACGAGUGGCGCGAGCAGGUCAUCCUGCGGGUUGGCCAAGUCGUCAACAGUGAACGCACCGCUCAAGAACAAGUUCGGAAGGGCGCCAAUGCCACAUUAUCAAGGCCUCAGGCACCAGUCACCACUGCCAGAGUCAUGGAGGCUGGGUCCAGAGUGGUCAACCUGAAAUUCAAAGACCUGUUCCCUCCCACGAAAACUCCAUUGACGAAGCUGCCCAUGGACAGGCGAACGCUGGUCCUCCAUUCUUUGCUCUUGCUGCUCCUGUCCUUGGAGCACUACAAUGCGUAUUCUCGCAUUCUGCUGCUCAACUUGACAUCAUCACUGAAACUGCCCCUGAAGGCCUUCGAGCAAGACGAGUACGCGACGGCCAAAGGCCUACUCGAAGCGGCCAAAGAGCUGACAGCCGACGAGGAGAAGAUGAAGAAGAUCAAGGAGAAUGAGGAGACUCGAAAAUGGAGAGUUCGCUACGCAACUGCGGCUGGUGCUGCAAUUCUCGGUGUCACGGGCGGUAUGGCAGCUCCUCUCGUCGCAGCAGGUGUCGGCUCUGUCAUGGGUGGACUCGGGCUUGGUGCUACAUCCGCAGCUGCAUACCUGGGCUCCGUAGCAGGAAGUGCUGUCCUCGUCGGUGGACUGUUUGGUGCAUAUGGCGGACGAAUGACGGGCCAGAUGAUGGACUCGUAUGCACGUGAAGUCGAGGACUUUCAGUUCCUGCCUGUUCAUGGCAGCAGUGACAAGAAGACCAGCGAAGAUGAAGCUCAAGGUGCACAAGACGCAAGUGAACAUGACCACAAACUCCGCGUCACCCUUGGCAUCUCAGGUUGGUUGACCGAGAAAGAGGAGGUGGUGAAACCAUGGCGGUCCUUGGGUACAGGCGCCGAGGUUUUUGCGUUGAAGUACGAACUGGAAGCAUUGCUGAACUUGGGCAAUGCAAUGAACGGCAUGGUCCAAUCGGCGGCCUGGGGAUAUGCACAGAAAGAAAUCAUAUCACGGACCAUCUUCGCAGAACUUGCCGCGGCGAUGUGGCCGAUGGCCCUCAUGAAGGUCGCAAGGGUCAUUGAUAACCCCUUCAGCGUUGCGAAAAGUCGUGCCGACAAGGCGGGUGAGGUCCUGGCGGAUGCCCUGGUCAAUCGCGCACAAGGCGAGCGUCCAGUCACCCUCAUCGGAUAUUCGCUUGGAGCUCGCGUCAUAUACACCUGUCUCAUGAGUCUGGCGAAGAGAAAGGAGUUUGGAAUCAUUGAGAAUGCCGUCAUGAUUGGCUCACCAACACCCAGCGAUACUAGCGACUGGAGAGUCCUCCGCAGUGUUAUCGCGGGCAGACUCGUCAAUGUCUUCUCGGUCAACGACUACAUCCUUGGCUUCAUGUACCGUACGUCAGCCAUUCAGUAUGGAGUGGCUGGACUGCAAAAGGUUGAAGGCCUGAGGUCGGUCGAAAACUUCGAUGUCUCGGAGGAUGUCAGCAGCCACCAGCGCUACCGCUACCUGAUCGGCGCCAUUCUCAAGAAGAUUGGCUUUGAGGAUAUCGACAUGGACGCCGUCAAACGAGAACAGCAAGAGCUAGUAGAGAUGGAAAAGGAAGAGGAGAAACAGUCUCUUGCUGCGCAGAGAAGAUGGCUGAUGAGGAGGGAGUCCCAUGGCGGCAAGGUAGACGAAGCCGCUGAAGGCGAAGAAGAGGCCGAAGAGUUGGAAAAGAAGAUCCAGGAGCAGACGAAGAAGAGCCUGGUGAGUAGGGCGAUCGAGUAUUUCUACGUGCCGAGUGUCCCAAGUGCGCAAGAUGCGCAAAAGUUGGCGAGCAAUCUACAGAAGGCCGGACAGGACCCUACCCAGGCUGGCAAUGUCGCCAGUCAAACAGUCAAGGACGCCCAAGCUUCAACAGAGAGCUAUGCAACCUACAUUUACAAACACCUGCCGAGUAUGCCACACAUCAACCGUUCCAAUCCCAACGCAGUUCAGAAACCGGACGCCACAGACGCCAGCAAACUCACAGGCCAGGCACCCAAGAGUGCAGAGGGAGCAACAAGCCAAACACAAAGCUAUGUCCAACAAGCCUCGCAAUAUCUCUCUUCUCUGCCGAGCAUGCCUUCCCUCUCAAGCGGCAUCAAAGGGAAAUCCCAGGCACCACCAAAAGCAGCGACAGAGAAGGCGACGGAAUCUGCAAAUAAGGCGGCAGAGACUACCACCGCCGCUGCCAAGGGCACAGCGAGCACAGUGUCCGACGUGGUCACACCGACGGUCGAGAACGCGUUGAACCCCAAGGACAAUCCCGCAGUCAAGUCCACCAGGCGUGUCACCCGCCAGACCCCAAUUAUUCAUCAAGCAAAAGAUCGCACACCGGCUCCACUCAAAGAUAAAGCGGGUGAGGCAGCUGAAGCAGCGGGGACAACCGUGCAGAACGCGACUGAAACUGUACGAAAAGGUUUGGAUACCACCGCCGACAAAGUUGGUGAAGCGGGCAAGGCAGCACCGGGUCUAUCCCAGGACCCCGGUAAAAGUGCAGCAGAUACUGCUCAGAGCGCAGUCAAAACCGGGCAGAGCUAUACCUCUAGAGCAGCGGCCUAUCUGCCUAGCAUGCCUAGCAUGGGAUUUGGACGCGCAGGGAAGAGCGGGAAGAGACCACCGCCACCAAAACUUGAGAAGAGAUCGUCCGAGUCAAAGACAGGCGCCGCGACCAAAGCAGCGCAAGAAGCACCGAAACUGGAGAAGGCACCGGCAGGUGUCAAGUCGCCACCGCCCAAGCUCGCCCGGAUCCCAUCAGGAGUCAAGUCGCCGCCGGCGCCAAAACUCGACAGGAUCCCCUCUGGUAUCAAGUCGCCCCCGCCAAAGCUGGACAGGACUCCCUCUGGCAUGAAAUCCCCACCGACCAAGCUCGAUCACGCUCCAUCUGGGGGCGUCAAGUCUCCGACAAAACUCGGCCCUCCACUUUCAGGAGUCCCCACGCCGUCCACGUCAGUCCCAACACCGAGUCUCAUACGGCAGGUCAGCAGUGGUGGCGUGAGAUCGCCGCCGCCGAAACUGGGACCCCGGAGGAGCUCGAGUCAACAGGUCCAAGUUCCCGCAGCGCCGACUCCCGCGGCCAUCGGCGAGAGGCUGGCAAGUCUCUCCCAGGACGCAGCGGCCGCAGCCAAGAGGGCUGGGAAUGCGGCCACCGGCGCGGCGGGAUACAAACAGGGUGAGAACGCCACGAAGGACACAGAGAAGAAGAAUAGGGGAGUUAAAGAGACUUCAAGCCCUGUAGCCACACCUUCUGUCCCUGGCGCAGGUGCUGCGAAGGGCGUCACCUCGUCAGCCACAGAUGCAGCGAGCAGGGCCGGUGAAACUGGCAAGAACGCCGCGGGUGGCGCGCUGAGGACGGGCGGCAGCAUGAUCUCCGGCCUGGGACGGACAGUUGGGUUCGGGAAAAGUUGA